AUGAAAACUGACCUGGAGCUGGCGCUGGAAUGCGCCGUCAACGUCUACCACCGGUACGCCAUGAGGCACCCCAUGGACGACUACCUGAGCAAGGAGGAGUUCUCCAGUCUGCUCAAGGACACGGCCGAGCCUUUCCUGAGGAACACGGUGCCGCCCAAAACGACCAUUGACAGCUACAUCCAGCAGCUCUUCACCAAAGCCGACGGCAACCACGACGGCCGCCUCAAGUUCACCGAGUUCCUGACCACGCUGAGCCUCGUGGCCAUCGAUGCCCACAACAGGUCCCACAAGGGUCCUGGUGAUGACCACGACCACGACCAUGGGCAUGGCCACGGGCAUGGGCACAGCCACCGUCGCUGA